GCACGUGCUUAUUGAGGUUAUGUCAAAUUGAAAGUUGGUGACUAGUUGAGUUGUUAAAACACGAAAACAGUAUAAUUUUUAAUUUUAAUAUGGAAAGUUCAGGUAGAAUAAAUUUCGUAUCCUGUGUAAAAUGGAUAGAGAAAGGAAAAGCUCGCACAGAGCCCCUGAAAAUAAAAAUUUCAAAAGAGGAAUUGGUGGAGAUGAUAAAGAACACCCAAGAAGAAUUGAAUCUAACGAGAAGUGAUGAAAGGGAAGAGGAUGAUACACAAGAAGGGGAUGUCAAUAUGGACAAUUAUGAGGAAGAAAGCGAUAAUUCGAACCUUCCAAGCCUUGCUUCAAUCAGGGAAUUAUCUACUAACCCCCAAGAUUAUCUUAGUGAUUCUGAGGAAUCUGAUAAAGAAGAUGAUAUGAUUAAAAACAACGAUAAUUUGAUACUUCUUGGUCGUUUUGAUGGAGAUGCUUGUAUGUUAGAAGUGCAUGUUUAUAAUGAAGAAGAAGUCUCUUUUUAUUGUCACCACGACUUCUUAUUACCAAGCUUUCCAGUUUGCUUUGAAUGGUUAAACUAUGAAGCAAACAGCCCCUUGGGCAACUAUGUAGCCGUUGGCAUGAUGGAACCAAUAAUUGAGAUUUAUAAUUUGGACAUAAUCAAUGUAAUGAAGCCUUCUUAUAAAUUAGGUCAGAAGGCAAAUCGAAAAAGAGGAAGACCUCAAAUGGGUCACACAAGUUCUGUACUUUCACUGGCUUGGAACAGAACAUAUGAUCAUGUUCUAGCCAGUGGUUCGUCUGAUAAGAGCAUUAUUUUGUGGGAUUUGGAAAAGAAAGAACCAAGCACCACAAUUAAUGCGUUUGAAGGGGAUGUGCAGUGUCUUGAUUGGCACAAGGUAGAAACACAGUCGUUAUUGGCAGGUGGUUGCGACUGCCAAGUUAAACUGUUCGACUGUAACAGCCCAGAUAGUCAUUUAACCUGGAAAUUAGAUGGGGAAUGUGAAACUCUUAAUUGGCAUCCACUUCAGCCCUACAUGUUUAUGGCUGGUACCAAUAUAGGAUCCUUACAAUGUUUUGAUUGUAGGAAAGGUCCUUUGUGGUCUUUAUCGGCUCAUGACAAAGAACUUAGUGGGGUUUUCAUCAGUGGGGAAUGCCCAGGGUUAUUGGUGACGGGUUCUCAUGACGGUAUGGUUAAAACUUGGGAUUACAGUGGCGAGAAUAUUCCAGAAUUAGUGCAUACUAAAGAUUUCAAUUUGGGGACCAUACUUUCUCUAGAAGGUUCACCAAAUUGUCCUUUUGUUAUUGCUGCUGGCGGUGACAACAAAGAUGGCAAUUUCAUAGUAUAUGAUGUCCGAAAUAUUGACGUUGUGAAACACAAGUUUGAGAACAGGGAGGUGAAAAGGCUUGAUCCGUCCACGUCCUCGGAGCAGAAGUAAUUAAAGUGUAAUUAGUGUGACUAAUUAACUGAGGGCAUUGAUUUGCGGCCUAAGUGAUCUUAGUCUGUGACAGUGGAGAAGUUUUUGAUGAAAGACAGUUGUAUAUUAUUUGUUAGCUCCUAAAUAAAUAUAAAUAAUUUA